UUCACUACUUGCAGGCAACACAGCCGAAGCGCACUAAAAACGAUCCUGGUUGGGAGUGCCGGGAAAUGCGGCCCGUUGGCGUCGCCUCCGGCGCUGCACCCUUUUACCUUCGUGACCUUUCCCUUUCGUCGCCUACCUUAACCUCGUUGAAACCCUCGCCGGCAACUUGCCUUCACAAAGAAUUGAACACUUCAGAAGAAAAAUAUGCGGCUAUGCACCGCCGCUUGCCUCGCACUAGUAGAUGCUGCCCGUGCGGAAGAAGGCAUCUUAUCGGGGAUUGCGCGGCGGCUUGGGCAGCUCUGCUUCCUCUUGUUUAUGUAAAAGCGGGGAAUGGCUUAGCCCUUGACGCGAAUGGUUCUAUGGAGAAGUUUCGUCCAGCGAGGCCAGAUUGGUAUGAGGAAUUAUUUGCCAAGGCUAUGGAGGAAGGCAUGAGGUCUUAUGAAGCUGAGGUUGCAGGCUAUAAAGAAGACCUUUUUAGGAGUUUUACAGGAACUAGUAAGAAAGUAUUGGAGCUUGGUGUAGGCACAGGUCCUAACUUCAAGUACUAUGCACAUGCUGAUGAUCUUCAUGUUGUUGGCGUUGAUCCAAAUAAACAAAUGGAAAAAUAUGCUCGAGGCGCAGCUUUAGCGGCUGGGUUACUGCCAACGAGCUUUACUUUUAUGCAAGGGGUUGGAGAAGAUUUACCUGUGGAAGAUGGUACAAUGGAUGCUGUUAUUGGCACACUGGUAUUAUGUUCUGUUAAGGAUGUCAAUUUGACGUUACAAGAAGUGAAAAGGGUGUUAAAGGUUGGCGGUCAAUAUUUAUUUAUAGAACAUGUAGCUGCUCAAGAUGGGUCUUUUCUCCGUUUUACACAAAGUAUUCUUGAUCCGCUCCAGCAGUUUUUUGCCGAUGGAUGUCAUCUCACACGAGAAACAGGAGAGCAGAUUUCACAUGCAGGUUUCUCUGAUGUGAAUAUUAACAUGACAUAUGUACCCACUAUCUCGAUCAUAAGCCCCCAUGUAUAUGGAAUAGCCUGUAAAUAAUUCCAAUGCAGCUCACUAUUUAAUAAACUGUUAAUAUUAUGCUCAAUAAAUUAUCCUUCUAUGUGCUUUUAUA